AUGUGCUGUAAUGGGGGAAAAGUCUCUCUUCCCCGAGUAAAUGCUCCUCAAGAAUUACUUGAAAUCUUCUUGGACCCCUCUGCAGAAGGAAACCAUUUUAGGAAACAUAUUCGUGGAUACAAUCAUGUAUUUUCCUUCACUUCGUGUGGUGUGCACAUAGACGAACAACUGGCUAUAACAGGUCGUGGUAUAUAUACAUUUCGUGCUCAAGGCUCAAUAUAUCACAGUAUAGGGGGAUUUCAUCCGGAUCAGGGUACGCGACCACGGUUUUUGCAACUGUACAUAUAUGAUACUGAUCACGAGUUGCAGAAUAGGAUGCUGGAGAACACACAACUACAUGAAACAUUAGUUUUCAAGUUACAACAAUUGCUACACCGGUAUAAUCCUUUUCUCCAUGUGUUUCGCCAGCUUGCACAACGGUCAGAUGUAGCAGCUAUAAUUAUUGGUGAUGACGUUGAAACAAUGAUUCGUAGACGAGAUAUUAAGGUGCAAACUCAUGCUGGUAGCCUACGAAGGAUUCAGGAAUUCGUUGGCUAUUACGAUCCACUACAAUAUCCUCUUCUUUUUCCAUUUGGAACUCAUGGAUGGGAUAUUAAUACCCGAAGUCAAAGUGGCGGCAAAGUAUCAUGCCGAACAUAUAAUAGUUAUAUGCUCCAGAUCCGCCCCAAUGAUCAUUCCACCGUAUUGCAAGCAGGGCGACUACUACAACAAUAUGUUGUUGAUAACUAUGUGAAAAUUGAAACUGGAAAGUUAAGAUGGGUUCGAAAUAGACAGAAGAAAUUACGGGCUGAAUUAUACCAAGGUUUACAAGAUGCUUUGCACACAGGAGAAACCAAUGCAGAAAAUGUUGGAAGAAAAAGAACAAUAUUACCAUCGUCGUUCAUUGGUAGCCGUCGCGACAUGACCCAACGAUAUGAAGAUGGAAUGGCGAUUGUUCUUAAAGAGGGCAAGCCAGAUAUUUUUCUCACAAUGACAUGCAACCCAUCUUGGACUGAAAUAACUUCAGAACUCAACCCAGUUCAAACUUCACAAGAUCGUCCAGAUCUAACAACAAGAAUUUUUCGAGCCAAAUUUGAACAGCUGAAAGAGGAUGUCAUUACUAAGGGUGUCUUGGGAAAGGUGAAGAGCUAUAUUUAUGUCACUGAGUUUCAAAAAAGAGGGUUGCCACAUGUACAUAUGUUGCUAGUCUUAGAAAACAAUGACAAGUUAAUUGACCCGGAGCAUUAUGAUAGUUUGGUAUGUGCAGAGAUACCAUCUAAAGAAGUAGAACCACACCUACAUGAUGCAGUGCUAAAACAUAUGAUUCAUGGUCCUUGCAGUACACUUGAUCAAUCUUCACCCUGCAUGAAAAAUGGCCAAUGUAAACGCAACUAUCCAAAGGAGUUCGCAACAGAAACACGAAGAGGUGACGACUCAUAUUCGCAAUAUAGGCGACGAUUCGACACUCCAGUACAGAUUAACCAAAAUGUCACGGUUGACAAUAGAUGGGUAGUUCCGUACAACCCUUGGCUACUACUAAAGUAUGAUUGCCAUAUUAAUGUUGAGAUAUGUAGUAGCAUCAAGAAUAUAAAGUAUCUCUACAAAUAUUGCUACAAGGGUCCAGACCGGGUGGCAAUGGAAGUUCACAACGGUUCUAAUGUUGAUGAGGUCCAACAGUUUGUUGAUGCAAGAUGGAUUGCUGCUCUAGAGGCAUGUUGGAGAAUAUUUAAAUUUAACCUUUACCGAAUGUAUCCAUCAGUGGAAAGGUUACAAAUUCAUUUGCCAAAUCAACAUCAAGUGAGCUUCUAUGAUCACCAAACCAUUCCUGAAAUACUUAAUGAUGAUUAUUUCUCUAGAACAAUGCUCACUGAGUUCUUUGCCCUAAAUCGUGAGGAGGACCAACAAUCUAGGCAUCUUUUGUACAGGGAAAUUCCAGAGUAUUACACUUGGCACAACAAGGAAAAGGAAUGGCGUCGGCGCAAGACACAGAGGAGAUCCAUCGGUCGAAUUUAUAUUGUAUCACCUUCAGAAGGAGAAAAAUUCUAUUUGUGUAUUCUGUUAUCUAAUGUCAGAGGACCAAUCAGUUGGGAUGACUUGCUAACAGUGAAUGGGGUCCAAUAUUCGUCCUUCAAGCAGUCUGCUCAACACUGA